GCAGAUUCAAUUAGACGCCAAGCAAACCUCCAGAAUAUCAAAACCAAAGCCGCAGAAUGUCGAAAGUCCUCGCCGCCGUUUUCGCUUUCAUAGCCAUCUGCUUUGUCCUUGGCAACGCCGCACCUGCCCCGCCCACACAGCUGCUGGACGCCCACACCGCCAUCCAAAAGAUAAUCGCUGCUUACAACCGCAUUCCAGGACCUUCGGUUGUUCAUCCGUGGGAGGUGGCCCAUGUGAUUGACCCUAACACCUUUGUGGCCCACUUCUGAAGGACCAACACUGCUACCUAAACAUACCUGACUACCUUUAAAAAAUGGCUAAAUAAAUUCUAAUGAAAUUUU